AAGAACCGCAGAGUUCAGGAGCUCGUCCAGCUGCUUCCGCUGGCGGCCCACCUCUUCCUCUAACUGACACGGUGUGUUCGAACACUUGGAAGAUUUCUCUACCAGCAGCGGCCAGACGAUCGUUGACGGAUCUGGGCGCAGAGCCGGCCUUUUUUCUGAGCUACAGCGUUUCUCUCCAGGCCAGGUGGAGGCGCUGACUCCGACACCGCCGCCACUGGCAACACUCGGGAUGACGAGCUUCCGGUCAGCAGCAACUCCUUUGUCUGGCUCCUCGCACUUUCUCCUGUGCAUCCCCUCCAGAGUUCGCCACCGACCACAGCCGUGAUCCGCCAUGUUCACGCAGAGGAAAGAGCUGCAGCAGGUGCUGGACACUGGGGAAGACCUUCCUUCACAGGCACAGGAGUGGAGCUCCUGUGUGGACCAAGACGAGCCAGAAUCGUUGCACACUCAGGAGAACAGGGAGAACAAAGACGAAGAGAAUUAUGUCAGUGAACCUAGUUUGGCCUACAAAGUUGUGGUGGUUAAGACUGAAGAUGAAGAUGAAGACGAGUCUUCGCUACUCCAUCAGAGUGAGGAGGAGCCGACCAGCAGCUUGACUCAACACAUCAAGACGGAACAUGAAGAUGUCGACUGGGAGGAAGCAGAACCAAGCGACUAUUCGGUUUCUGAUCCACUUGUCCAGUCUGACCAGCAGGCAUCGCUGUUCUUUGAAUCUGACCCAGAGAAUAGGGAAGAGUGGAGAGAGAAGAAAAAGUUGAAGAAGUCUAAGGCCUCAAAGACGGUGAAUGAGAACAGCAGCAACCCUGACGACCAGUCGCUGACCUGCUCAGACUGUGGGAGGAGAUGUUCCUCCAAGAGGGGGCUGACUCAGCACAGAAAAGCCUGCCAGGUAGAGAAGAAGAAGUUCUGCUGCCCAGUGUGUGGGAAAGAAUUCAAGUGUGGCGUUGAUCUGGAGAUCCACAUCAGGAGGCAUACAGGAGAGAAACCCUACAGCUGCUUCAUGUGCGACAAGAGUUUUGCAUGCAGGGGAAGUCUAAAGGUCCACCUGAGGACUCACACGGGGGAGAAACCGUACGAAUGCCUUGUAUGCGGGAAAUGUUUUAGCAUAUCCAGAAAUCUGAAGGUCCACAUGAGACGACACACAGGAGAGAAACCUCAUAGCUGCUCUGAGUGUGGCAAGUCGUUUACAGUCAAAGAAAAGCUGCUCAUUCACAUGAGGAGUCACUCACCCGAAGAGCAGUUCUGGUGCUCUGAGUGUGGAAACUGUUUCAACGAGCAGAAAAGACUGGAGGUCCACAUGCGAACACAUAGGGGAGAGAAACCGUUCUCCUGCACCGAGUGUGGGAAAGCCUACACCAUGAUCUCCAGUCUGAAGGUCCACAUGAGGAAUCACACUGGAGAGAAACCGUACAUUUGCCCAGUCUGUGCCAAAUGUUUCAAUCAAGUCUCGACCUUAAGGGAUCACUUGAGGAGUCACACGGGAGAGAAACCGUUCAAUUGUGUCACCUGUGGGAAAGGUUUCAUCAACUCGGGGAGUCUGAAGGUUCACAUGAGGACACACACGGGGGAGAAACCAUUCAGCUGCACAGAAUGUGGAAGAGCUUUUGCCUACAAGAGAAGUCUUGCAACUCACAUGGAGGGACACAUAGCAAAUCAGAGUUCCAAAUCUACUGACUCAAUGGGGUCCCUGCUGGCCACUGAAGAAGAGUCAAAAUGUGACAGAACAAGGGAAAACGAGGUGGUGGUCAAGAUCGAGAACGUGUCUGAGAGGGAUGCGGAAGAGCUUGACUAGUGUGAGGAUGGGGG